UAUAAUAUACCUGUACUUGUUAUGUAUAUAUACAUACAUCUAUAUAUAUAUAUGUAUAACGGCGGCUGAAUAUUGAUGGCUAGGGUAGAAUCGUAUGUACAUAUAAUAUCGUGAUGUUUUCAGUGACCGCGACAACAAUAUAAAAGUUAAAGGUGUGUCCUUUGACAUAACGGAGGUUGUUACGAAAUAGAUUUAAGACAAAAAUUAGGCUACUCUUAUUCUUUGUUUAUAAUAUGCAACAUCUAAUAACUUAAUGCGAAAUCGAUGAUUUUUAACAUGUAACAAGUAACGUUAAGAUACGUUUUGCUAAAUCUUAUAUCGAUGUGAUUCUCAUUGAGUUGAGAAGUUAUGCUGUAAGGAACGUCUGUAAUUAUAAUUAUAACAAAAAUAAAAAUAAAUUUCAUAAUAAACGGGUGAUUUCGUUUAAUGAAAAAUUCAUGUUGCAUCCUUGUCACACUUAGCGGCAAGUUUCCAUCGUAUUUUUUCUGUCAGUUCAUGUUUUAAAUACAGUUUGUUAAAACUUUAUUCGUUUACUGUUAUCCAUUUUAUUCUCAGAGUGUUUAAAGUGUAAAGGAAUAUUCUAAAAAGAGAAAAAGAACUAAAAUUUCAGAAGAUACAAGUAAUAUACUGCUUUUGAAUGCGUCCUCGAUUUUCAGUUAUUUCUCGCGUGGAAAGCUUUUGUUCUGAAAGAAUAAUCGAUAGUCGGGUAAACAUAAGAGAAAUGACUAGCAGAAUGCAAAUAUGAACGCUUGCCAAGAGGUUGCAUCAACUGCCAAGUUGCUGGAUGCUUCCAAGUACAAUCUGCGAUGUAAUCGCAAUAUUAGUGAGAAAAUGACGAAAAAAGACUUCAUCUAUGAUAUCCCUACACCUGUGCAAACCGUGAGAAAGUCUGAGGUAUCAAAACAACCGAUUAUUCUACUACGACGAAAAGAGAAGGCUGGUUCAAGAAUGCCGCAUUACACUGUAAUUUCUGAGAAACAGGUGGACAAUGGUGGUAGUGGUGAUGCGACUGUUGUUACCGAUCGACGCACUUUAAGAUACGCGUGUAAUCUGUGCCAGGAACCGAUUGCCACUUUGUUUUCUCUGUCGACACACGUCAAGUCUCACUGCCAGAGAUACUGCAAGAUAUGCUACUGGAUUCUGCGCGAAAACGAAACGAUGGAACGACACAUCGGCAAAUGCCACCAAAUCGCGCCGGAGAUCACAAGCUUCUAGUCCCCGAAAGCGUGUCGCUUAAGAACAUCGAUAUUCCGAAUUAGGUUAACCUGAACAAAAAACGGGAACGAAAGUAAAUGUUACAAUAAAAGAUGAUUCUCCAUUUCGGUCAGAAGGCAUCCUGCAAA